AUGGCGUCCAAGACCACCGACAACACCCUUGAUGGGAAUCUCAUCACCAAUGUCCUGAAUUACUUUGACGCAUCGGGUGAUCUUUGUGGAGAUGUCACCUGCAAGGUCGAGUGCUCAAUUUGUACGACCGAGCUCGCCAUUCUACAGCCGGCAGACGAAGAGCACAAGACUUGGACAGUCCUGGAAGCAUGCGGGCACAUGUUUUGUCACGAGUGCAUUGUCUCGUGGAUCCGCGCUUCUGAUGACCCGAAAUGCCCACAGUGUCGUGCUGAUUUGCGUCAUUCCCGCUGCCGACACAAGUACAAGCCGCACGAAAUUGUUCUCACCAAUGGUUUCAACAUUCACGAUGACGUACCCAAGGUCGUCUCGGAACUGCCAGGACAGUGCCAAGACUGUAAAGAGAGACCUGCGUCCACGCGAAGUAGCGACUCUUUGGGAAGAGAAGACUAUGGAAGACUCUUUGACAGCAGCAGCGAAGAGGACCGUUACGAGUUGUCCGACUCGGAUGACGAUGAGUAUGAUCCUACCGCAUUUAGACGUCAUGCCUAUGCUAAUAUAUAUGACUACCGCCCAGCUUUCUUCUCACGUUCGAUUCCAGACGGCAGCCCUCGCGAUUCAGCGCGACGCGGCGAGCGCCGCCGCCAUCGUGACGGUUCGAGCCGCAGCCGCUCCCAUCAUUCUGAACGACCCAUGGGCCCCCGUCCUAUACUAUCAAAUGCGCUAUUUCCCCCGGUCCCGCCGCCACCGCACCCUGGGUAUAUUCGUCGACUUCCCGGGCCCAUCAGGUAUGCAACGCAUCUCAGAUUAGAUGGUGUCGAGUAUAGCCAUACAUAUGACCGCCAGGAUUGA